AUGAAGUCGAAGCACAAGCGUCGAUCAUCUAGUACGAAAGUUGUUCGUAAACCCCAAGUUUCUCAUCAAGGGGUGAUUUUUAGAGACAUACCUGCCCCUGCUUCUCCUUCUUCGAAAAAUUGCUUGGUUGCUGAUAUGGAAAAACAACUCUCCAAGAAGAAAAAGCGAAGGGUGAUUCUUACCUCAGAAUCUACUACAGAUGAGGGUGAAACCAUUCCUGAGACACCUAAGGCAGUUUUGAUUAAAGCUUCUUCUCACAUGGAUACAUCUGUUAUUACACCACCCAAAGUUUUGCUUGCCAAGACAGUUACUGUGGAGGCUCGAACUUCAGACAUCCCUAUAAACAUAUCUGAUAUGGAUACAAAUGUCAUCAUGGGUGAGGAUGAUUCCAAUAAAGCAACAAAAUUAACGACGUUUGCAAAGUUGUACGAAAAUAUGAGCCCUCAGCUAUCUCAGCUUUCAACCAAUGACAAUAAAAAUUUCAUGGAGGUGUUCGCACUUUUGAAAGAGCUUAAAAGUCUAUCUUCCAAGUCUACUGCGUCUAUGCUAUCUUCGGAAGAUCUGAUCCAAAAUUUGCUGAGUUUGAAGAGUUACUUAUCCAACACCUAG